CCGUUCAUCCGGUUAAUCAUUCAUCAGUUCAUAUUUUGCUCGUGCUCGUGCAUUGUUUGCAAUGUUCGUUGGCGGGGUGUCAAUGAUAUUCGUAAAAUAUCUCAAGUGCGCAUAAUACAAAAUAUUAUUUAUGAAACGUUGGCGACCCACUACAGUCUUUGUUUAAAAAAUAUCUAAGAAAGAUAAGGACUAUAUCAGUCGGACGUUCUCAGUCUCAGUGAAGAUUAGUUCGUCUGCUCUCGGGCAUCUUGCUUUAUCUCAAUAACUCGGAAAUGCGAACAUCUCCAGUGUACUGAUUAUAUAUUCAGUUCAUCGCGCGAAACAGUAUCCGCCGGUUGUUUUGACUAUGUAUCGGUAGCACUGGCUGGUUAGAAAAAAAAUAUAGUAGUCUGUGAACUUUUGAAAAAGGAACACUUAUUUGUUGGUAUUUUUAUUGGGGGAAUUAGUCGUAAUGGCGGGUUAUUUACCGGAGUAUAUGUUCACUUUUGUGGAUCAGCUUGACGAGCACCCGUGGCUCUUCGCAGGGCUGGCAUCAGUCCUUGUGGGGCUCAGUGGCAUCUUCCCACUGCUCAUCAUUCCUCUAGACGCGACAGACACCUUCACUGAUGGCCCUGGAGCGUCUAUGCUGAGGAUACUACUGAGCUUCGCAGUGGGUGGUCUACUGGGCGACGUGUUCCUACAUCUGCUGCCUGAAGCCUGGCAGAACGAUCUCAAUAAUACUAAACCGGGCGAGCACGUAUCCUUAAAAAGUGGACUAUGGUGCCUCUGCGGUAUGCUAGUCUUCAUCGUCGUGGAGAAACUCUUCGCUGCCACAGAACAGGACGAAAGCGAGGAAGAAUCACCCGAGGAACAAGACAUCGUCAAGCAAAACGGGACCAAAAUCAAACAGAUUGAGAUCGAAGAGAUUGAGAAGCUUCUUAACUUGGAAAGAAGGCAGAGAGGCAAGAGUAUAGGAGAAGGUAUUUGUGAUAGCAACGGCGUGGUGACGGCGAAGGAACUGUAUGAUACCUGUGUCUUCAAUAAUAAUACUAAAGGUGUAUGCUGCAACUCGGUAGCUACUCAGAACGGCAACACUCGCUGCAACAGCAAGGGCAACAGAUGGAUGGGACGCUGCCUGCUGCGCGAGGCGCGGGAGCAGGCCCUCAAAGCCACUAAGGAGAAGUCCAACAAGAAAGACGUGGCAGGUUACCUGAACUUGAUGGCGAAUUCUAUUGACAACUUCACUCACGGGCUGGCUGUGGGAGGCUCUUUCCUCGUCGGCUUCCGAGUCGGACUACUUACAACGUUCGCUAUACUCGUUCACGAGAUCCCUCACGAAGUUGGUGAUUUCGCUAUUCUACUGAAAAGCGGGUUUUCCCGGUGGGAAGCAGCUAAAGCGCAACUGGCAACGGCGGCAGCAGGUCUGAUCGGCGCCAUGACGGCAGUUAUAUUCAGUGGUGCUAGGAACUCUAUUGAGGCAAAAACAUCCUGGAUAGUCCCAUUCACAGCGGGCGGUUUCCUCCACAUUGCUCUGGUCACCGUCUUACCUGAUCUCCUCCGAGAGCCUGACAAGAUACAAUCCCUCAAGCAUCUCGGAGCCCUCGUCUCCGGGAUACUCAUCAUGGCUGUCAUGACCUAUUACUUCGGAUAAGAUGCACUGGAUCCCAAGACAUGAAGGCAAUCCCAAGAAUAUGAAGAAAGAAACAGGAAUUUGUAUUGUGUCUGUGUAAAAGUGAUGAGAUUGCUUUGUGCGGUGUUGAAGUGUGGGAAUAUUUAUUUUGAUGUUGCCCUAAAGUUUGAUGGUUUAAUGGGCAAGUUUUUGGAUAAAAAUCAUCUGAGUGUUUUCACCAUCGGAUGCAGAUUUGAAAAGCGUAAUACCAAUUUGUAAGUACGUACAGUGAUAGCUUUUCACCAUAAAUGAAUUAAUUGUACAGAUAGCACCUACCUUAACCUGUCAAACUUCUUCUAUACAUUUUUAACCUUAUCACAUAGUGGAAGGUUAAUAUUUGAUUGGAAAAAUUUGACAGAUUCGGGCAGAUUGACUUGUACAAGUAAAAUCUACAGCUUAUUACAUAUCUAAGCUGUCAUAAAAAAAACCUUAGUAUGUUGUAAAUAUAAAUACUGUCAUCAGUGGCUAUAAACUUAGGAAUCAUAUAUUUUUAUAUUCUUAAGGUAAAUCGUCCCAUAGGACACUAAAUGAGUAUUAAUAUUUUUGAAUUUAACUUAGACUGUGAGUAAGUGGAAGUUAAGUUACAACUGUAGAAUGUUAAGUAAAUAAUACUCCGAUAGCGUACUAAGUGAUACGUAAAUAUUUUGAAAUUAUAUAUUUUCUGUACUGGUAACACUCCCAGUGUUGCUCACUGCAGUCGAGAACAUAACUUGAGACUAAUGGACAGUUUCACCAGUUACUGAUAAAAUCUCUGAUAACCUAUUAAGAACUUAUCUGACAGGUAAACGUUAAUAACAGGAAUUUAUUAGAAGCCUGUCUGGCAGAUAGCAUUAACUAUCAGAUAUCUGAGACUAUCAGUAACCAGUGAAGCCAGGCCUAAAUGUGUUUAAAAUCAGAAAAAAAUGUAUUUAUUCAUUUUACUUUAUUCCUUAAACUAUGUAUGAAAUUAUACUUUAUAUUCGAACAUAAAGGUUGCUAAACAUAAAGAAAAUAGCUAUCUAUCGAAUUGUACUCCACUAAGUAAAUGUACAAACGUAUUUAGAUAUUAAUCACUUAUUAAAACCAAAUCACACUAUGUUAUGUAGUUUUAAGCUAUCAUUUUUGAUUAAAUGUUUUAUUUUGUGUUUUAUACGAUCUCAGAAAAUACAAGAAUACUUUUAAAAGUAAUUGAAAAACAAAGUUACAAAAUCGUUGUUGAGGUCUCUAAUACUUGAAAAUUACAUUAAUCAAUAAAAAAAUGUAAAUUAUUGUAAAUACUAUGGAGUUAAGAACUUAGUCGCCUAGUGGUUUAAGUACCAGCCUCACAAGUACGAGAGUGCGGGUUCGAUUGCAGGUCAAACAAGUUACAAGAGUAUAGGGCGCAAUGUAAUAUUGGACAGUUACAAUUUGUUUUUUGUUUUUAGGAUGUAAUAGACUUAAUUGCGAUGAUAAAUUAAUGACUACGGUCUUUGCAAUUCGGCUGAAACUUCUAGUAAACAAAAAGGUAUAUUAUUGGUAAUAUAUAAGUAAUAUUUCUUUACAGUAAUACAUUAUGUCGCGAUUAAGUCCCAAUUGUGCAUAAAAUAUUUGUACAAGUUACGAAAGUUUAAAACCGAUUGAAUUGCAGUUAAUAUCUAUCUUGGAACAAACAGCCCACGUAAGCAAUAAAAAACUUAGUCCCUUAGCAAAUAGUACAAACUCCACUUGUAAUAUUGUGAUAGUUUUCUAGUUAUUCAUAUAUUUUUUGUUAUUUCCACAUUUAGAGGUGCAGACGUUUUUGUUAUUAUAUUUCAAUUUAUUUUUCGCCCGUUUCUAUACACGUAAUCAUGCAUUUUAGUUGUUAAUAAAAAUAUUGCUAGCGAGUGCAUUUAGACAAGUAGCUAUAUUAUAAAAAUCUAAAAUACUUACGUCAAUUUAAAUUUUGUAUCAAAUUUUUUGUACGUUCUGUAAUGAUACGUAAGAUUUUCAAUUUGUUCGCUAUUUGCACUUGAUAUAUAAACAAUUAUGUAUCUACAAUGAGUAGCCAUUAAAAUAUAUUGUGAUAAAUAAUGCCAUUUACGAGUAUUUUAGUCGUGAGAACGACGUUACUAUUAAGAAAGUGUUAAAAGUCAAUAAAAUUAUCAGAAGCAGU